AUGUUCACGCCUUUAGGUUUAUUCAGGAAGCUGCCCUGCCCGCUGCGCGGUGAGUGCGAGCGGGUCCACUGCCUGUACUCGCACGAUGCGGGCGUCUCUGCGCCAACGUACGCGGUGUCGUACUCUGUCCCACUGCCGGCCGCUGCGCCGUCUCAGCCAGUCCAGCGCGCACAGAAGCGGAAAGAGCCCGACAGCCAGCCUCCGCCCGCGAGCUCGAGCUCCGGCGUGAGGCCGCCGCCGACAAAGACGCAGCGAGUCGGGCCGACAAAGGCUAAGACGGCCGUGCCCACGGCGACUGAAACCCCCGCUCAAACUGGACCGCCGGUGCUGCGAGUGAAUGCAGGGGCGAGCAAAGUUCCCAUCCCGACGAGGCAGGCCAUGGUGACUCUGCUCUACAACAAUUUCCUGACUCUUUACGACCAAGUCCUCGCACAGCAGCCGUCGCUCGCUUCAGAACACGCUAUCCGCCAGGAGAACGAGAUCUACUCUCGCUCGUCAAAGCUCACUUAUCGCAAUGCUGCAAUAUCUGUCGUCGCUUCUAUCAAUGCUCGAACAAAGCCAGUAACACUAUCGCACCCGUCCGUCGGCACACAGGCCGACCUCGCAGAGCGUACCGCGCGCGCCCAAUCCCUCGCCUCUCAUGUCCUGACUCCCAGUCAACUCGCACCCUUUCUCCUUACUCGUGACGAGAUGCACGUCGGUGGAUACAUCGUCGAGGUACCCAACGGCCCUGGUGGGACUGCCCCCUCCGCGGUGGGCACGCGCGUGACUUGCGACCGCUGCCGCUCUCCAUACGAGGUGCGCGCAGGGCCAGACAUGCGCGAAUGCUGCUUCCAUUGGGGGAAACUGCUCCCCUCGACCGUAAACGGCGAGCGCACCAGGCUUUACACGUGCUGCUCACGCACUCAAGCCGACGACGGCUGCACGCGCGGCCCUCAUGUCUUCUACGAGUCGGAUCCAACUCUUCUGCACGAUCGCCAUGCUUUCACCUCUUCCGCGGAAUACUCGACCGCGGCACCGAAUCCGCUCGCAGGGCCACCCUUCAAUGUUCCCACGCCUGGCAGGUCCACAGCCCUUGAUAUCGCAGCACUGGACUGCGAGAUGGUCUACACGACGGGCGGCAUGCGCAUCGCACGCGUCUCCGUCGUCGAUGCGACUGGUCGUGAGGUUCUCGACGAACUCAUCGCCAUGGAUCGUGGCGUGACCGUCGUCGACUACAACACCCGCUUCUCGGGUCUUUCGGCGGCCUCCUUCCCCUCAUCCCCCGCCUCGCCGGUGUCUUUUCCUUACCAGCUCGCCCAAUCUGCUCCUCAGUCAAAGAGCAAGACACCGCUCCCUCUUGCGUCUGUUCGGCGACUCCUGGCCCAUUACGUCGACGCGCACACGAUUCUGAUCGGCCAUGGGUUGGAGAACGAUCUGCGCGCCCUCCGCAUGAUCCAUCCAUUGGUAGUUGACACAGCCGCGCUCUUCGCCCAUCAGCGCGGGUGGCCUUUCCGUCGUGCUCUUCGAGAUCUUGCGCGCGAGCACCUCGGGCGGUCAAUCCAGACCGGUGGAGCGACUGUGGGACACAGCAGUGUCGAGGAUUCGGUCGCCGCUUUGGACCUGGUCAAGUGGUUCGUGGUUAACAAGAAGAGCAAGCCGAAGAUAGAUGUGAACGCGGCCCAGAAGAUGAGGAGGGGAUUAGCGCCUAUCGCGCCUGUGCUUGCCCAGGCAAAGGUUGUUGCUCCGCCUGCAGAACAGCGCAAGCCGCCACCGGUUGAUGUGAGCAGAUCGCCGGACGACGUCGACAUGAGGUACUCUCCGCCCACGUCGUCUGGAACUUCGCCGAUAUCUGUGUAUAUGCAACAAACCGCGGCAAGGCCAGCACGCCGUUCCCCUCCAGCGUCUUCGCGCCGCUCGCCUCCGGUGUCAGCGCGGCAAUCUCCACCUGCAACUGCCUACUACACUCCACCCACUUCUGCGCGACCAACCUCGUCUGCACCUACACCAGUGACACGGCGCUCGUCGCCGCCAUCUUCGCGAUACCUUACUCCUGUUGAUACGCAAGCUCCACCUCGGCCUCAACCCUUUACACGCGAGCCACUCUUUCUUGUUGACGACGACGAGCCCAUUACGCACUCCCGCUCGCGUUCGCGUACUCCACCCAGUGUACCGCGGGUGUCACCAGAUCCCCCACCGCCUACACCUGUCAUAUUCGCGUCGGGGUUAUCUUCGCAGCUCCCGCCCACUCCCUCAAUGCCGGUCGUCGCGGCGCCAACACUUCGUAAAGGUCAUCAGGCUCCUCCCAGCACUCCCACAAGUCCAUACCUUCCCCCGUAUUGA